UAGAACAGUGGUGAGGGGAAGAAAAGGCCCUUCCACCCUGUUCCUCCAACAUGGGCUCUGAGCUCUGAGGACCAGGCCCCCUUUCCGGGACCAGUGGAGGGAGACACUGGGCAGAGUGGUCCCAAGACACCAAUGCAAAAGUGAGGUCCCCAGUUUUUAAUACUGGUUUUCCAACAUUAUUCUGAAAGCAAUUGCAGAACUCAUGAAAGAGCCUGGCAUCUGACUUGGGCCUCAGGCUGGACUGAGAUUAUGCUAAUUCGCCCCAGGUGCCAAGUCUUUUGUUGCCUGGUGACAAAGUUUCCCAGUGGAGGAGGAGGACCUGGGACAGGGUGUGGGCCCCUGUGUGAAGACCCACCUUCACCCAGACAAACCAGGAGAAUGCACAGCGCUGGGCUCCUUCUUCAGUCACCCACAUCCAGCCACUGGGGGCGCCGGAGAGCAAGUUCCUACAGCAGUUUCAUGUGACCUCUUCCUCAGACUGGCCACCAUCCAAUCAGAAAGACACUCUAGCAACAUCUUCCUCCCUCAAUAAAAGAACAUGGCCAAGGGAGGGAAAGGCCCUAAGGGCAAGAAGAUCACCCUCAAUGUGGCCAAGAAUUGCAUUAAAAUCACCUUCGAUGGGAAGAGACGCCUGGACCUGAGCAAGAUGGGAAUCACCACCUUCCCCAAGUGCAUUCUGCGCCUCAACGAUGUGGAUGAGCUGGACCUCAGCCGAAACAUGAUCAGGAAGAUCCCCGAAUCCAUCGCCAGGUUCCAGAACCUGCGGUGGCUGGACCUGCACAGCAAUUACAUUGACAAGCUGCCCACGUCCCUCGGCCAGAUGACCACACUGCUCUACCUCAACGUCAGCAACAACCGCCUGAUGGCCAACGGGCUGCCCGUGGAGCUGAACCAGCUCAAGAACAUCCGCACCGUGAACCUGGGCCUGAACCACCUGGACAGCGUGCCCACCACGCUGGGCGCCCUGAAGGAGCUGCACGAGGUGGGGCUCCACGACAACCUGCUCAGCUCCAUCCCCAAGAGCAUCGUGCAGCUCCCCAAGCUGAAGAAGCUCAACACCAAGCGCAAUCCCUUUCCGAAAGGCAAUGAGAUGGACACCUUUGUGGACUCCAUCAAAAGGCUGGAGACCCUGCAUCUGGUGGAGGAGAAGGACCUGUGCGCGGCUUGCCUGAGGAAAUGCCAGCUGGCUCGGGAGAAGCUGAACCGAGUCAAGAGCACAGCCACAGCGGCACCAAGAAAGACCCUGUUUUCCUCUUUGAUCUCCCCUAACUCCAUGGCCAAGGAAUCUCAGGAAGAGUGGAGGUUGCGCCCAACAUCCUCCUAGAGUAGCUUAUGGCAAAACACGGAGACUGCUCAGGACACAGGAACACACGGCUCUGAAGAGGAGAAGCCGGUUAGGAGAAGACAGAGGGCGGGAGCACCCAGAAGCCGGGUCUCCGCACUGCCCACGGCCCUGGCUUAGCUCACGAGCUCCCGGCCGUCUCCUGAACCCGAGACCAUCUCAUCUGCUGUUCUAAGUGUAUACAGAGCAAACAUCUAAGAUAAUCAGCCACAUUAGCAACCUUGGCAAGCUUCAAAGACGACAUUGAGACUUAGAAGCCUUGCGAUCUCCACAUUCCACUCACCCUGGUGUAAUCACUAUCUGAUCAUAGUGACGCGCGCAUAACGUAAUGCUGCGAGCAGCUCGAGUUUGUAUAACUCACCUACACAGAGAAACAAAGGCACUAAGAUAAAGUAGAAUUUUAAUGCAUCUUUCAGUUAUGUACGGGAAGGCAGAAAAAAAGAGAACAGAGGCACAAACAGGGAAAGAAAACAAUACAAAAAUGUCAGACUUAUGUCCUAACAUUUCAGCAUUCACAUGAAAUGCAAACGGUCAAAUUUAUGUACAGUGGCACCAAAAGGAAACAAUCAAUGUCCUUCAGUGUACAGCCGGUUGAAAAAGCUCCGGUAUAUUCAUACGUGAAAUACUAUGUGGUCAUGAAAAAGGAGCAUGCUAUUUACACAUUCAGCACGUCCAAUAGAGCUCAGUGGUAUCAUUCUGAGUUUAAAAACAGCCAAGCUCCAGCGAUCACUUCCUCUGUGGUACUAUUUGUAGAAUGUACUUCAAAUGACGGUGUCAUAGAGAUGGGAGCUAAAGACAGCUGGCAGUGACAGAGGCAGGCAUGAUCAUCAGAUCCGUGCUGCAUGUGCUGCAUUGUGGCAGUGGUACAGCAGUCUACACCCGUGAUAGGAUGACAGAGAUCCACACCACGCAUGGCAGUGUGAAUGCCUGGUUUUGAGAUGGUACCGUAAACAACUCGAGCCUGCGUGGAGGCCGUGGGGUGGAGAUGAAGGGGCCUUCUCCACUGUACAGUUUCCUGGGGACCUACAGUUAAUUUACAAUAAAAAUGUAAAAAUG